GGAGUCACCAACUGUAUUGCUGGAGUUCUUCCAGGAAUGCUCAGCAGAGGUCAAGGUCAUAUCAUCAACAUGUCUUCUGAUGCAGGGAAAAUGGGAUUUCCGGGCUUAGCUGUAUAUUCUGGAACAAAGUUUUUCAUUGAGGGUGUAUCACAAGCUCUUCGCCACGAAGUAAAGAGUUCAGGGGUCAAGGUCACCUGUAUUCAACCCGGAGAUGUGGAGACAGAUCUGAUCAAACUUACAACAGAUGAAGAAAAAAACAGCCUUCAUAAUUUUGACCCAUGGUUUUGACACUUGGCAUAGAUACUGACUCACCAAGAAGGUAAACCCAUGGCCACCACACAGGCUACUCCUACCAAUUACUUUAAUUUCAGCAUUUUCACUUUCAUUGGAGUUAUUUGUUUACACCACCAUCACAGCAUCCUUUGGUAGUGUUUUUGUCAGUAAUUUCAGAUAUGCUUAGUAUAAAAAGAAAAUGCAUCCUACAUACAUAUUACAGCUUACAAAAGAGAUACCCAACUAAUAGGCCCCCUAUAGAUAGAUUAACAAAGGAAUAAUCAAAUGUAGAGUUUAACAAAUGAAGAAAAGAUAAUUUUAUUCUGCCUUGUACCUAAAAAAAAUUCUGGGAACAUGACUAAAAAAUAUUAGGUAGGGCCAGUCUAAACUUUAAAAAAAAAAAAAAAAAAAAAACUACAUCUGUACUCUUUUUAACUUAAAAAAAAAUGGGGGAAAAUAAUCAGGGUAAGCCUUUUUUUUAGGUAGGGUCGGUUUCAAGAAACAAUUGUUUUUACACCUCAGUGGGCACUCCACAUCUCACUAUUCUGUUUAUAUUGUAUGUAUGCUAUUUGCAUGUCUCAAACUAUUAUUUUCUUCUUCUUCAAAUUGUGUAUUAGGGGCUGUGGAAGAGGUGAGGGCCGAUAGGGCCAUGGUCUCCUCUUUUUUCCUGUUACUGUUCUCAAAAGUCUGGAGAUGUCAUAGGCCCUAUGUUGACAUCUGAUAUUUAAACUUAUUCUGGGUGAGCAUGCCUCCGAACCCCCACCAACAGGUUCGGGCCCUCAAAUACAUGUAUACACACUC